UCUGUUGAUCAAAGAAGCUUCAAAUUUUUUCUAUUUCUAUUAUAUUCUUGUUGAAUGUGGAUUAACCAAUUAAACCUUGUUGCAUGAAAAGUAUCAAAAGACAGUCACCUUUAGACAUAAUUAUAAUCGGCCAAAAAAAGCGAUCCAAUUAAAAUUGAUAGUUACAUUGAAUAACAACAUUGGAUCAGAAUCAAUCAACAACUUCAUUGUUCCCUGUAUUUUUGAUUAAAUCCAUUUCACUGUGUUUUUGUGUCUCAUUCAGUUCCAUCAAUACCAUUAAUCUUUUAAUACUUGAACCUGUUAAUCCUCUCUUGACAAACACUCACUUCGAGUUGAUCUCGAAACACUAAGCCCAAACAGUCCAAUUGUGAUUAACAGUCGAGUUUAACUGUUCAACUUUCUGCCAUUAUUAGUGUGUUAUACAAUGUCCAUUGACGGAGUUACAACAAUCUCAAUCACAAGUAAAGGUGAAUUAGGAAAAACUGUCAAGGAAAAGUUAGAUAGUUUGCUCAAGAAAACUCCUGGACUUGAGGUUCCACCCGAAGCUGGUUUCUUUCGUCGUCGUCGACGUCGAAGUCUUCAUCUAGCCGAAUGUCCAUCCUAUGAAGACUCAACUUCAGACAAAGAAGGCCUUCAUCGAACUGGAUCAUUCAAUGAAAAAUCAAAGAAAUUAUCACUUCCAUUACCGACUUCAAGUUAUUACCUUGAAUCUGAAACAUCAAGUAGCUCAUGUACCAGUCGAAGUUCCGGCGUUGAAUCUCUUUCCGGUGAAAUCACUCCCUUAGAGGUAAGCGAUGUAACAAUCACAACAGGAGAGGAGCAACCAGUUAGAGAUCGUAAGAAACGUCGUUGGUCAAAAGCAGCUCGAACUCAUUGUUUUACUCGAAUAUUCAGCUACGUUUUUGAAAAAUGCCGCACUUGUGAUACAUACAUUUACUUAGGAGGUUACAAAUGUGAAAAGUGCCUUCUAUUUUCUCAUAAUAAAUGCCUUCGAUCAAUGAUAAUACGUUGUGCACGCAAUCCAAUACCUAAACGGGUUAACCCGAUUUUCGGAGUCCACUUAACCAAUAGCAAGGAGCCAAUCCCAUUCAUAGUCGUCAAAUGUUGCUUGGAGAUUGAAAAACGUGGUUAUAGUAUAAAAGGCAUAUAUCGAGUUAAUGGUGUUAUCUCUCGAGUCCAAAAAUUUGUCCGCAGUUUAGAGAACAGUCCUUAUUUGAUCGAUUUCAGUGAUACGAAUCCAAAUGACAUUGGUCAUGUUCUAAAGGAAUAUUUCCGUAUGCUUCCAGAACCAAUAUUCACAAGUGACUUAUAUUCACAAUUUAUGAAUGUUGCCAAAAAAAAUCGAACUGCCGAAGAAAGUAGCGAGAAACGAGCGGAGAUAAUCAACAAUUUGAAGGAGACAGUUGAAAAGCUACCGACCAAUCAUAAAGCUACUUUAGCCUAUCUAAUGCAUCACCUUAAAUUCAUUGCUAACAACCAGGAACUCAAUCAGAUGUCCACCAAAAAUCUUGGUUUGGUUUUUGCUCCAACUCUUUUCCGAAUGAAGGAUAUUGAUGGUAACGUUUUUUCGAUGUUGUUUGACAAUUCACUUCAAACUCUUGUCAUUGAAUAUUUGAUUGACAAUUGCUUUGAAAUUUUUGGACCAGCGCCUCCAAUCCCAGUUUAUUAUGAUGAUUUACUUGUAAAUACUGACAACUCAUUUCAAUAAAAAAGCAAAAUGAUUCAUGUUUGAUAUUAAAAAUAUAUCAUUAGUGUUA